AAGUGAGCAGCAGCUCUGCCUUUGUCCCCAUCCCCAUGUAGUUUUAUUAAAACCUCCCACCAUCACAUUCAGUUGUGGAACAAAAAAAACGUGUUAUAUCAUCGUGACAGUAUGUGUUGUUGUUGAGCUGGUUUCACUCGCCUUUCCACCAGCGUCGAUAUGGUGGAUAUAUGAGUGCAUACGAUGGUUGGCCCACCAGAUGGUUGGUAGCUAACGUUAGCCUUGCGUCAGCUAAAGGGAGAGUGCAGUGAAAAGAUUCGCACCGGGUAAUGUAGUUUUUUUGUUGCUCCGUGUAUCCCACAGGGCCGUCCUCUCCGCACUGCAGUGUGGCGUAGGGGGGUCACGUUACAAAGCGGAUCGGCACUAGCUGCCGCCGGAGAGAGAAGGACUGCGCAAAACACACACAUACACACACGGCCCGGAUUUCUGCCUGCCUGCCGUCACGGGGAGCCUCGGAGAUCUUUGACAGGAUCCGACAACCAGCAUCGCCGGAGACGUGUGACCGACGUCCAGCGGGCCGGGAGAGGCUCGACUGAAACGCGGCUGUUUUGAGCCACACACCCCCGGGGGACGUUUCUUUCGUUCGGCUUGCUACUACCCGACCGCCCACCAUGACAGCGCCGCUACGCCGUUAAAGGGACGCCAACGGAUUUUAAUUUUUUUUUUCCGGCUCACAAACGAGAUAUUGACCACGGCGGAGGAGGAGGAGGAUAAUCAGCGAAGAGAACAACCACUAAUCCGCCAGGACGGUCACAUUCACGGCGGGGCUCGGACCCGACAGAAAUGGACAGGGCAGCGAGAACUGGAUUAAAAAAUCGGGAAUAACAUCGCGAACCCGGAGUGUUAUGCCCGUUAGUCCGUGUGGUCUUUAUGUGACUGGAAAUGGGAGCUUUAACAAGCAGACAAAACAUAGGCGUGGAAGAACUGGACAUUCCGUCCAGUUCGGUGUACCGUUAUCCACCGAAAUCUGGCAGUUACUUCGCCAGCCAUUUCAUCAUGGGAGGAGAGAAGUUUGACUCCACCCAUCCAGAGGGUUACCUAUUCGGGGAAAACACGGACCUUAACUUCCUGGGUACCAGACCAGUGGCGUUCCCAUACGCGGCCCCUCCACCUCAGGAACCAGUAAAGACGCUAAGAAGCCUUAUUAACAUCCGCAAGGACACGCUGCGGCUCGUACGGUGCAGCGAGGACCUGAAGCUGCCGGGUGACGAGGAGGCGGGAAAGAACAGAGCCUGCUACAACGUAGAGUUCACCUUUGACGCGGACACCCAGGUCGCCAUAACCAUCUAUUACCAGGCCGUGGAGGAGUUUCACAAUGGUGUGCCAGUUUACCUGCCGCAGGACAGCUCCCUGCAGUCGGAGACGGUGCACUUCAAGAGGGGAGUGGGCCAGCAGUUCAGUCUGCCGUCACACACCGUCAACCUCAGCGAGUGGGCCGACGAGGAGCUGCUGUUCGACGUGGACAAAGAGGUUUUCCCCAUGGUGGUGCAGGCCGUCGUAGACGAGGGGGAAGAACACUUGGGCCACUCUCACAUACUGCUGGCUACAUUUGAAAAGCACAUGGAUGGAAGCUACUGUGUGAAGCCUCUGAAGCAGAAACAAGUGGUGGACGGAGUGAGUUAUCUACUGCAGGAGAUCUACGGCAUAGAGAACAAAUACAACAGCCAGGAAUCAAAGGUCGCUGACGACGAGAUCAGUGACAACAGUGCCGAGUGUGUGGUGUGUUUGUCGGACGUGCGAGACACACUCAUCCUGCCGUGCCGACACCUGUGUCUCUGCAACGCCUGCGCGGACACUCUGCGCUACCAGGCCAACUGCUGCCCCAUCUGCAGGCUGCCAUUCAGAGCUCUGCUGCAGAUCCGAGCCAUGAGGAAGAAGCUCAGUCCUCUGUCACCUUCCAGCUUCAACCCCGUCAUCACCUCACAGACCUCGGACUCGGAGGAACACUCGGCGUCGGAGCACAUCCCUCCAGGAUACGAGGUGGUGUCUCUCCUGGAGGCCUUGAACGGUCCCCUCACCACCUCCUCGCUGAAUCCUCCUCCUCUCAACUCCGGUCCCAGCCACGUGUCCGGAGUGCUGCCCCUGUACGGCAGCGAGCCUCACCCGGCAACGGCCCGCUCGCUCUCCCCUCUGGACCACUCCAACUCCAGUCAGGGACUCAAACUCAAGAAGAGUGGCUCAAAGUCACUCUCCCAGAAUUCGUCUGUUCUUCCUGAGGAGGAGGAUGAAAAAUCUUGCAGUGAAUCGGAGGCCUGCUGCCAUAAACUCGCCGUAGAGCAGCAGGAGAGUGGCGUGACUCCAGAGAACGAGAAUCUGACCCUUUCCUCGUCUGGAGCGAUUGACCAGUCGUCCUGUACGGGAACGCCGCUCUCCUCCACCAUCACCUCCCCUGAAGACCCAGUGAGCAGCAGCCUGGUCCAGUCAGUGAUGUCCAUGGCCUCGUCCCACUCGCAGCACUCGCACAUCAGCACUGACACCAUGUCCUCCAUGUCAGGGUCCUACCUGGCCGGGGCCGAAGGCGAGCCAGGGGGGUACGAGGGGGGAGACGCUGAGGGCGAGGACAACCAGGACGCCGCCAUGGAGAGCCGAGGACCAUCGCAGCAGGACGGGGAGUUUUCCCAGGAGCCAAAGAAACCAAACUCCUCAGUGACAGUAGAGGAGCAGGACGCAGAGGGAAACGAUGUCACUGAAGAGGACUGCUCCUCCCCGUCUAAUGGGAAAGGUGGGCGAAGCGGGUGUCCAGAGUUGGCCAAUAACAAUCAGGGCGUCGCCCUCUGUGACACGCCCUCUUUGGGGCUGGAUAAUGAGCAAGCUCCCGACAGCCGAUUCGCCGGGCUGAUGUACCUCGGGGGUUACAGGCCUGUUCUGGAGCCCCUCACCCACCACACCUCCACCAGCAACAUCAACCGGGAGGAGCAGGGGCCCCAGAACAGGGACGGUCAGAGCCCUAAACAUCCCCGCCGCGGACCACUCAUCGUGUAGCAAACACAUGGACUCCUCCGUCCAGACUCGGCAUCUUGGCAUGAGGCAACAGUGCUGCAUUGCUGGAUACUGCCCCCCCACACCGUCGCUGAAACGCGUAGAAAGAGGAGGAAAGAGGAACAGAGGGACGUCUCAUUUCCGUGCACUUUUAUCUCACAGGAGUUUGUUGUGGGAUUUAUUGGCCUACUGCUACAUUAUUAUUUAUUACAUCUAAUGACAGCUGUGUAUUAUGACACUAUCUCUAUCUAAAAGCCCCUUCCCUCUCCUCUACCCCCGGCCAAACAGUCAGGGGCUACUGUGAUGGGCAAUCUGAUUUAUUACUAAUGUACUUUGUCUUCUCUGUUAUAAACUCUUAAAUCGAACAAGUGUUUGUGCACUAUUUUAAAGUCAGCUGACAGGCUACCUUACCGUAGCAAACUAAAACCCGCAGACUCCUCUCUUCGCAUUAGGAAGCUCCCUCCUCAAAUUCGCAUGAAGCUUUUAAACUGCUGAUGUUUUCCUCUCAUUCCCGCCAUCAUUUUCAAACAACCUCCGCUGAAUGUGAACACAGAAGCGAUCGGAUGAGGCAAGAAACGCUGGUCGACACAAACAGAUAGUCUGACAAACAAAAAGAGACUUCUUCACGCAGAAUGUAGGACAAUGAACGUGGAUCUCUUUGAAAUGGAAGGAGCGAGACAAUUUUCAUCAAAACGGGAAUGAAUCAAAAACUUUUAACCCUAAACUGGUUCUCCAAACACACGCCUAUAAACGCACACACACACACACACACACACACACACACACACCACGCCGUCCUCUCCUUCUGCAGCUCCAUUUUAGCAUGUCAGUAUUAGCAUAUUGCAAAUGGAAAUCAACCAAGCAAUAACAAUGCCGAAGCUCGGUCUCCUGCAGGAAGAGGCUCAUGUGGAGGUCAAACGGUGUUUGUUGCAUUCAAAUCCCGACAGUUCAAUGUGUUUUAUUGUAUUUUUUUUUUUAUUACAAUUUUGCCAUUUCCUUUUCUGAGAAAAACAUUAUAUACAUAUAAUUUGAAAAUGUGAGAUUAGGUUACCUUGGUUUGCUUGCAUUUUGUUCAUCCUCGUAUAAAUAUCACCUCGACGAGCCCUUUUCUCCUCGUUUUUGUGAAGCUUUUAGUUGUUUUGGUUUUGUAUAACUUUAAUGUAUAUUUCCCCAGUUGUUGAUGUUCUCUGUUGCAGUGUUUUAAUUCGUUGCAAAAACACUGUUUUGUUUACUAGAAUGUGAAUGAAAAAUGAUGAAACGGUUUACACACUUGUGCACAUUUAUAAACUGAAAAGGGACAACAUCAUUAUUUAAUGCACUAUUUAAUUCUCUGUUUCCUAGACGACACACUUUGCGGUGCACCAUUGUAGAGUAAGCAUGUUAGUCCAGGUCAGCCUGCACCCUUCUGUAGAUCACUGUAUGAUGGACAAUUGCAUACAAACAACGCCAGAUCAUUCCCAUCUGUAGUGUUCUACAUCAGUGGCUGCCUAUUCCCUCGACCCCGACUGUUAAGGUCAAGAGGUCUGCACUGCUAUUUCCAAGCUGCAAACAUUUGUGUGAUCAUAGUCCGAACGUGUAGAUGAUGUAUUCUCUGGCGCCGGCCGCAGUAUGAUGUCAAAGGAAUGGGUCCUGAAUCUACAAAAAACACACUUUUCUAUAGUUGGGGGGUGAAAAGUGUCAGAAAACAUCAGAUGGACAAUAAAGUUUCUGCGACUAAAUGGUCA